UAAGUUUCUACAUUUGGCGCUGUGAUCCAACUCAUCUCCCCAUCCCCGCAGAGAAACCUGGGACCAUGAGGAGCAGCCUGACCCUGCUGGGGACCCUCUGGGCCUUUCUGUCCCUUGUUACUGCUGUGGCCAGUUCUACCAGUUACUUCCUGCCUUACUGGCUCUUUGGAUCCCAGCUGGGGAAGCCAGUGUCAUUCAGCACAUUCCGGAGGUGCAACUACCCUGUGAGGGGAGAGGGGCAGAGUCUGAUCAUGGUGGAAGAGUGUGGGCGCUAUGCCAGCUUCAAUGCCAUCCCAAGCCUGGCCUGGCAGAUGUGCACAGUGGUGACAGGUGCCGGCUGUGCUCUGCUGCUCCUGGUGGCACUGACUGCUGUCCUAGGCUGCUGCAUGGAGGAACUCAUCUCCAGAAUGAUGGGACGUUGCAUGGGAGCCGCACAGUUUGUGGGAGGACUGCUGAUAAGCUCAGGCUGUGCAUUAUACCCCUUAGGAUGGAAUAGCCCGGAGAUAAUGCAAACAUGUGGGAAUGUCUCCAAUCAAUUUCAGUUAGGUACCUGUCGGCUUGGCUGGGCGUAUUACUGUGCUGGAGGUGGCGCAGCUGCAACCAUGUUGAUCUGCACCUGGCUCUCUUGCUUUGCUGGAAGACACCCCAAGCCUGUCAUGUUGGUGGAGAGCAUCAUGAGGAACACCAAUUCUUAUGCCAUGGAGCUUGACCACUGCCUCAAACCUUGAGCUUUAGCAGAAGAUUGGAGAGGCAUGUUGAUCUGCACCUGGCUCUCUUGCUUUGCUGGAAGAUACCCCAAGCCUGUCAUGUUGGUGGAGAGCAUCAUGA